AUGAAACUCGAGAUCAAACGCUCACAGUUGCGCUCGAGUAAGAACGAGCAGAAAUUGGCGUUGGACGAAGCCAUCAGAGUUUUGCGCGCUGUAGAAGUCCGUUCACCCUGGUCUGCAUACGAAUUAGUGGUCAAAACAGCUGUACUCCGAGGUCGAGCGGCGCCCAGAGGCGACUUGGUUCUACCAAAGGACCCAAGGCAACACAAGGAUGUCAUUGCAUAUUUUGUGGAUGAAGGACGCGUUCAAGACGCACUGGCUGCAGGAGCUGACCACGCCGGUGGGCUCGACCUUGCUCAAAAGAUUCUUAAUGGAGAGAUCACCCCGACAAAGGUCUUUGCUACUCCUUCGAUUCUGCCCGUUGUCACUUCCCGAGUCGCUCGCUUCCUCGGGCCAAAGAAUUUGAUGCCCUCGACGAAGAAAGGGACCGUUUCGGAAGACUUUGAGGGAAUCAUUUCUGCUUCCAAGGGCUUAUUCAGCUGGAAAGGCGAUAAAAGUGGCACGAUCCGUGCAGCCAUUGCCAGAAUUUCAUUUACACCGCAAGAGGUGAUUGACAAUAUCCAGGCACUCAUGAAAUCCGUCUACGAAAACUCCAAGGAUCCCGACGACUCACUUUACCAAAAGAAGGCAAAGAAGACCAACUCUGUUACAAUCUUAUCGGUCAGGCUGAGUUCUAGACAAGGUCCCGGAAUAGAGUUGAUGCAUGUAUAA